CAGAGUUCAUUCAUGUAGAUGCAAAUACAGAUGGUAUCGUAACUUUCAACCUCUCUGUUCCUCAUCACAGCUGUUCAGUCUUGCUUGAAGACAGAUUACGGAAGGACAAGGCCAAAUCCAGAUUUUGUGGUGUGCAAAUUUACCCUGGUGUGUUAUCACUGCUAGGCGAUCUGAGCUCAGCCAGGAGCAGUGAGAGCCUCCCCUCCCCCGUCAUGCUGAGCGCUGGCCUAGGACUGCUGAUGCUGGUGGCCGUGAUUGAAUUUCUCAUCGGUUUAAUUGGAAACGGAGUCCUUGUGGUCUGGAGUUUUAGAGAAUGGAUCAGAAAAUUCAGCUGGUCCUCAUAUAACCUCAUUAUCUUGGGCCUGGCUGGCUGCCGGUUUCUCCUGCAGUGGCUGAUCAUUUUGGACUUAAGCUUGUUUCCACUUUUCCAGAGCAGCCGUUGGCUCCGCUACCUUAGUGUCUUCUGGGUCCUGGUAAGCCAGGCCAGCUUGUGGUUUGCCACCUUCCUCAGUGUCUUCUAUUGCAAGAAGAUCACCACCUUUGAUCGCCCUGCCUACUUGUGGCUGAAGCAGAGGGCCUGUAACCUGAGUCUCUGGUGCCUUCUGGGCUACUUUAUAAUCAAUUUGUUACUUACAGUCAAAUUUGGCUUAACGGUCCAUCAUCCUCCCCAAGGAAACAGCAGCAUUCGUUAUCCCUUUGAACACUGGCAGUACCUGUAUGUAUUUCAGCUCAAUUCUGGAAGUUAUUUGCCUUUAGUGGUGUUUCUUGUUUCCUCUGGGAUGCUGAUUGUCUCUUUGUAUACACACCACAAGAAGAUGAAGGUCCAUUCAGCUGGUAGGAGGGAUGCCCGGGCCAAGGCUCACAUCACUGCCCUGAAGUCCUUGGGCUGCUUCCUCUUACUUCACCUGGUUUAUAUCGUGGCCAGCCCCUUCUCCAUCACCUCCAAGACUUAUCCUCCUGAUCUCACCAGUGUCUUCAUCUGGGAGACACUCAUGGCGGCCUAUCCUUCUCUUCAUUCUCUCAUAUUGAUCAUGGGGAUUCCUAGGGUGAAGCAGACUUGUCAGAAGAUCCUGUGGAAGACAGUGUGUGCUCGGAGAUGCUGGGGCCCAUGAUCUGGGAAGAAAAGUGUGGUCUGGGCACUCUUGGGACGCUCUUUUGAUAGCUGUCUAUAAGGGAGCUGCCUUCCAUGUCUUUUAAGAUUUUCCUUCUUUUACACCAAUUUAAUGAAUGAG